CGCCCACCGCUUGGAGGUUCCAAACUGGGCUGGUGCGCACGCGCAGACCUCGCGAGGCCGUUGGAAGGCGCGACCCGGAGCGGCGGUGGGCGGGAGCAGCCACUUGCUGGCGGAGGCUGACUCGGCGCGAGACCUCUGCGACCCCAGAGCCCCCGACCCCUGCCCCACGCUGUCCGCUGUUCCUGGCCCUUUCGGUUACUCGCUGCCCCUUAAAAGCUGGAGCCUGGGCACAGGACUGACAGGCGUUGCAGCCAAUGGCGUCGCGCACGAUAAACCUGGUACCCAAUCAAAAGGCGCGGCUGCGAGGGAGCCGGGUGGGAACCACGCCCGACUCCAGGUGACUCCUUGGCAGGGAGGGGAAGGUGUCUCCGUCACCUGAUAAGAUCCCCACCCGGUCUGCUCAUCCGGGCGAGUUAACGGGGACGAAGCUGCGGGAGCGCGCGGGCAGUGGCCAGCUGCGGAAUCCUUGUGUGCUGCAGCCGAGAAGGAGAGUGAUGGAGGAGCAUCAAGAGGCUGGGAAGGAGGGGAAGGAGGACGACAUCACCUUGAUACAAAACCCUGUCAAGAGGAGAUGGAUGAUGCGAUGGUUGCACAACCCUCCUCCACAGCAGUGGACCUGCACGGGGACAGCUCCUUACAGGUGGAGAUCUCUGACGCCGUGAGCGAGCGUGACAAGGUGAAAUUCACCGUUCAAACCAAGAGCUGCCUCCCUCACUUCGCCCAGACGGAGUUCUCAGUCGUGCGGCAGCACGAGGAGUUCAUUUGGCUACAUGAUGCCUACGUGGAAAAUGAGGAGUACGCCGGCCUCAUCAUCCCCCCAGCCCCUCCAAGGCCAGACUUUGAAGCUUCGAGAGAAAAGCUGCAGAAGCUGGGUGAGGGGGACAGCUCCAUCACGCGGGAAGAGUUUGCCAAAAUGAAGCAGGAGCUAGAAGCGGAGUACCUGGCUAUCUUUAAGAAGACAGUUGCGAUGCACGAAGUCUUUCUGCAGCGCCUGGCAGCCCACCCCACCCUGCGUCGAGACCACAAUUUCUUUGUCUUUUUGGAAUAUGGCCAGGAUCUGAGUGUCCGAGGAAAGAACCGGAAGGAGCUCCUUGGGGGCUUUCUGAGGAAUAUCGUGAAGUCUGCAGAUGAAGCCCUCAUCACUGGCAUGUCAGGGCUCAAGGAGGUGGAUGACUUCUUUGAGCACGAGAGGACCUUCCUGCUGGAGUACCACACCCGCAUCAGGGAUGCCUGCCUGCGGGCAGACCGAGUCAUGCACUCCCACAAGUGCCUGGCAGAUGACUAUAUCCCGAUCUCGGCUGCACUGAGCAGUCUGGGAACACAGGAAGUCAACCAGCUAAAGACGAGCUUCCUCAAAUUGGCAGAGCUCUUUGAACGACUAAGGAAGCUGGAAGGCCGCAUGGCCUCUGACGAGGACCUGAAGCUGUCGGACAUGCUGAGGUACUACAUGCGAGACUCGCAGGCAGCCAAGGACCUGCUGUACCGGCGGCUGCGGGCACUGGCUGACUAUGAGAAUGCCAACAAGGCGCUGGACAAGGCGCGCACCAGGAACCGGGAGGUGCGGACCGCCGAGAGCCACCAGCAACUGUGCUGCCAGCGCUUUGAACGCCUCUCCGAUUCAGCCAAGCAGGAGCUCAUGGACUUCAAGUCCCGCCGUGUCUCCUCUUUCCGCAAGAACCUCAUCGAGUUGGCGGAGCUGGAGCUCAAACAUGCCAAGCUCCAAGGUCCACCAGGCACACCCUGUCAGGGUGCUAUGGAGACCAGAUCCUGGGGCAACAAAGGAGGCACCCUUGCAGCAUCCUUGGCCAUUUUCCAGUGCCAGCAGGCUCUCCAUGGGAAGGUGCAAGACCCAGAACUUGGAACCCAGGAGCAGUCUUCAAGGCGUGCCACAACCCCCAUAAACCCUGGUACAGACCCCACACAAGGCUGAUCACAAAUCCUCUACACCCAUUUCCUAACCAGUAAAAUGGAACUACCCUGUCCUGCCUCCCUCUCAGAUACUGCCAAGCUCCAAGGAACUAAGGAACCAGCUCUAAUUCCAGGCGGCUUUUGUAGUUCAGUUGACUGGGGUGGGGGGUGGGGUUAAUAAAUCCUGCCUACCCUAGAAUGAGACUUCUAGGCAGCUGCUGGGCAGCUGAAAGCCCAAAGUACUAACUGGAGUGUCCAAAGCAGUGCUGGCAAAAGGCUCAGGCCCCAGCCAACACCCUCUUGGUUAAACACAGGGAGGUGGAGGCCAAGACACCUGGGUCUGAAGUCCUGGGCUCCACCUGGUUGGCCCCACCCUGGACUCCAGCCACAUGUGCAGAAGGCCAAAGGCUCAACUUAGCUUCUGAUUCACGGCAGCCACUGGACCUGGCCCUCAUAAAUGAGUCAGCCAUCCAGGAAAAAAGGCAGAAAAGACCACAGAGAACCUGGAAGGUGGAAAAAGUAGCUCAGGGCGCAAUCUGUGACUUGCAACCUCACAGCCCACAUUGGGCAGGACUGAGCAGGGAAUCAGAGAAUGGGCCUCACUGCCGUGCUGCCCACUUGGGUCCAGGCUACAGAAGAAAGCAGUUCAGCCAGGAAGUCCCUUCUGCUCGCAGGCCCCCUGAAGCCAGCAGCAGAUGCCCCGGCUCAGCCACCUCCUAUACAGCCAGUCUGGGGCCAACUGUGGCACCACCUGUAGAAUCUAAGACUGGCAGCUGUCAGAAGGGAGGCUCGACCAGUCCCUGGGGCCAGAUGAGGGUGUAGAGCUGGCUGGAGGCAGGGUACAGAAAAGAUGCUGCUCAUUCUCCCAGCCUACCUCCCCUGCAAGGUCCCCAACCCUGAAACAAACGUCUCAUUAGUGAGCCUUUUUAUGGUUGUGUGUGUUUUUCUUUUUUUUAAUUGAAGGUCCCUUACUGGUCCUGCUUCCAUGAGCGGCCACGACCAGGGGAAAAGGGGAGGGGAACCAGGCGGCGCAGGGAGGGGUCAUCUCCACAACAUUCCAUUUAUACACAGAACUAAACAGACAAGCACAGAGUCACUAUUGCGGUUAGAAGUUGGCAGCAUGGGAAUGGGGAGGAACAGGUGGGAAACUGGGGUGUCGUUAAAAAAAA